AUGCAAAGAGUUCGAAUCUCAUCACACCAAUCGCCCGUCCACAAGCUCGGGGACUCCCAAAUGACCUUAUCCCCAAAAUUCAAGCUUGGCCCUACCCGCGACCCAUCACUUCCCGACCCAACCCUAGAAGAAACCCACGACCCCCUAAUCCCGGGCCUCCCUGAUGACGUGGCGCUCCAAUGCCUCUUGCGGGUCCCGGUCGACCAACACCCGUCUUGCCGACCCGUCUCGCGACGAUGGUUCUCCCUCUUCGGUAGAAAGGAGCGAUUCUUCACCCUUCGAAAGGAGCUCGGUUUUCACGACCCGUGGCUUUUCGUAUUCGCCUACCACAAAUGCACCGCGAAAAUCGAGUGGAAAGUUCUUGAUCUCAUUCGCCUCUCGUGGCACUCGAUUCCCUCCAUGCCGUGCAAGGAUAAGGUUUGCCCGCAAGGGUUUCGUUGCGUUUCGACUCCUAAAGACGGGGCUUUGUACGUUUUCGGUGGUGUGGUCUCGGACGUCGAUUGCCCUCUCAACUUGGUGUUAAAAUACGAGGCGCGUAAGAACAAAUGGACCGUGAUGAAGAAAAUGAUCACGGCUCGAUCGUUUUUCGCGAGCGGAGUUAUAGACGGGAUGAUUUAUGUCGCAGGUGGGAAUAGUACGGAUCUUUUCGAGCUAAACUCGGCGGAGGUCUUUAAUCCGGUUAACGGGCUUUGGAGGCCCGUUUCGAAUAUGAGGUCCAAUAUGUCAUCUUACGACUCGGCCGUUCUUGAUGGGAAGCUUCUAGUGACGGAAGGUUGGUUUUGGCCGUUCUAUGUGGUGCCUCGUGGGCAAGUUUACGACCCGAUAACCGAUAGUUGGGGUAGUAUGGCGAUCGGGCUUCGAGAGGGUUGGACGGGCUCGAGUGUGGUGAUUGAUGGUCGGUUGUUUGUGGUGACCGAGCACGAGAGGACGAAGGUGAAGGUUUAUGACUCGGGUAGCGAUUCUUGGGAGAGUGUUGAUGGGCCCGUGUUGCCGGAGGAGAUAUGCAAGCCCUUUAAGGUGGGGAGUUGGGGGUGGGAGAUUUAUGUGGUGGGCCGGAAUUUGCAUGUGGCUGUGGGCCGGGUUGAGAGGGCUGGGUCGAAGGGGUUUCGGGUCGAGUGGCGGGUCGUGGAUGCACCGGGGUCGUUGUUUGAUCUUACGCCAGCUAGCGCGCAGGUUUUGUUCGCUUAG